AUGUAUGCCCUAGUUAAUGUUGCCUUGGUAUGUUUAGCUGUCCAAGAGGUGGUGACCGAUUGUGCAGACGGCUUCAUUAAAUACGAGAGCUCAUGCUACAGAUUUUUUCAUAACGUGUUUACGUGGCCGGAAGCCGCAUCAUUUUGCAGUACAUUCGACACACAUUUGGUGUACUUGGAGACAGAAGCUGAAUUCGGAUUUAUCAAGGCAAGGGCUUCAGAAUACGGAGGUGUAGGGUUCUGGACGGGGGCAACAGACGCCAUCACCGAAAACGAGUGGAUAUUUAAUGAGACGGGUGAACGACUGACCUUAACAGCAGACUGGGCUCCAGGAGAACCAGACCAUACCAUGGGCAGGGAUUGCUUAGGGAUGUGGGGAAAAUAUAACUACACAUUAUCCGCUUGGGACUGUCGACAACUUCUCAAGCCGAUAUGCGAGAUAGAGCAAGUUAUUUCCUAG